AUGGGGAAAAGAUACUUCUGUGACUACUGUGACAGGUCCUUUCAGGACAACCUUCACAACAGGAAGAAACACCUCAACGGAGUGCAGCAUCUCAGGGCUAAGAGAGUCUGGUAUGACUUAUUCCGAGAUGCUGCCGCUAUCCUGCAAGAGGAGCAAACCAAGAAACCUUGUCGGAAGUUUCUGCAAACAGGACAGUGUGAUUUUGGGUCCAACUGCAGAUUUUCCCACAUGACGGAGCAGGACCUGGAGAAGCUGAGUGCCCAGGUGCAAGGGGAGCGGAGAUCCAAGGAGCUGCAGCAGGAGGGAGCAGAUGUCCCGCCUGGCGCCAUCGAGGACUGGCUGGAGAAGAGAGCAAAGAGACUGAGCGCGGCUCAGAGUAACAG